AUGAAGGUGCUGCAAGCCCGGAAGAAGCACACCAGCACUGAGCUCAUUAUUGAGCCAGAGACACCCUCAGACAAGAGGGUUGUCAAACAGACAGACAUCUUCAGUGAGCAACUGGACUUCAGUGAUGAAAGCAAUGUCAUCAGUGCGCUCAAUUAUGUCUGGCCCUAUUUCUCACUGGGAAAGCAGAUGGAUGUUCCCUCAGCUGCCUCUGCAAAAGCCCUGUCUGGGGACCAAAGGGAGUCCAAAGACCUGAAGCACACCCUCUUCAUUUUGGAACAGGCAGCAGCAAAAUCUCGAAUCAUGCAGGAUCCACUUGAUCCACUUGUAGGUAAAACUCACUUCGAGGUGGUCCACAGAGCACCCAAGGCCAAGCUCACUAAAGAAGUUCCAGGAUAUGGCUAUCAUAAAAAACUAAUCGUGGCGAUAUCCGUUACUGUCAUCUUCACAAUUUUUAUUUUAAUCUUCUGCCUCAUUGAGAUUUACGCUCACCGAGCGAAGAUGAAAAAGCAAGUAACCUCAAGGGGCUUCUUUGGGUUUCUGCUGCGCAGGAGGUGCCCGUCGAGGGAGCAGAAGGAGGACUUCUUCUGGCUGAGGUGGCCAUUCUGGCCUAGGGACAUGCACAGACCUCGCAACACCAGGCGCAAGAAGAACAUGGCACAGAAUCUGCACCACGGGGAUUCCGACGAUGAGGAGGAUGAGAUAUUCAGCCGUGAUAGUCUUCCAGGCCCAACUGGGGACAGCAGAGAAGCCCUGACGGAAAGGACGGUGCCAGAGGAGUCGGCGGAGGUCGACGAGGAGACGGAGUGGCCCCAAGGGGAGGAGGCUGUGUAGUGACUCCAACUCAAAAAAUGAAGAUAAAAUAAAAUACCUGUGUUACAAGCAGUCCUGGCCAUGUGAUAAUAAAUUAAAAUGUAAAUAGCAAAA